AUGGGUCUGUGUCACACCGAAGAACAGGCCAACAGCAUCCAGCGCAACACCGAGAUCGAUCGACAGCUUGAGCGUGAUCGUGGUCGACGAGAAAAAGAAUACAAAAUCCUCCUUCUUGGGAGCGGUGAGUCUGGCAAAUCCACUAUUCUCAAGCAAAUGAAGAUCAUCAAUCAAAAUGGAUACACCCAGCAAGAGCUCUUUUCAUGGCGUGUCAUCGUUUAUCGCAAUAUCGUCGAAUCCGCACAAGCCCUCGUUCAAGCCAUUGCCGACUUUGGAAUGACAUUGGAGAAUGCUGACAAUGAGGAACAUGCACGGCGUAUUCUCGGCUAUCAAGUGCCUGGCGACCCCAAGUUUGAGCUUGACGAUGAAAUUGUGGAUGCGAUAGACAACUUUUGGAAGGACAAAACGGUGGCCGAAUGCGUGGAAGAAAGAAGGCAUGAAUUUUAUUUGAUGGAUUCGGCACCAUACUUCUUUAGAGAGAUUAGACGUAUUGGCGAUCCCAACUACAUCCCACUUGAGCAGGAUGUCUUGCGGGCAAGACUCAAGUCAACAGGCAUCACUGAGAUCCGCUUCCAAUUAGGAGGUCUCUUUAUACACAUGUUCGAUGUCGGUGGUCAACGGUCCGAAAGAAGAAAAUGGAUCCAUUGCUUCGAUUCGGUAGCAUCAAUCAUAUUUUGCGUCGCUUUGAGCGAGUAUGAUCAAGUGCUUUUGGAAGAAUCACGACAAAACCGGAUGCUUGAGAGCUUGUCACUUUUCGAAUCAAUCGUCAACAGCCGCUGGUUCAUCCACACAUCCAUUAUGCUAUUCUUAAACAAAGUUGAUCUCUUCCAGGCCAAGCUCACCCGUGUACCUCUCAAUAAAUACUUUCCGGACUAUGGAGGAGGCAAGGAUGCCAACAAGGCGGCAAAGUACAUACUGUGGCGGUUUCUUCAAACCAAUCGGGCAAAGCUUAACAUAUACCCACACUUGACUCAAGCGACUAAUACCUCCAAUAUCCGGUUCGUGUUUGCAGCUGUCAAGGAGACGCUACUGCAAAAUGCGUUGCGGGAUUCCGGUAUGCUUUGA